AUGCCUAACACGAGUUGUACCGCCGUCCGAAUACAGAUCAACGCUGCAGGUACAACUAACCCAACCCAAAUCAACCCUCAAUCCAAACCAACCCUCAACCUCAACCCUUCUCCCAAACCCAACAAAACUCAACAAAACCCUCAACCCUCGACCCAAACCAAACCAGCCCUCAGCCUCAACCCUUCUCCCCAACCCAACAAAACUCAACAAAACCAUCAGCCCCAACCCAACCAAAGCCAACCAAACCCAGCCCUCGACCCUCAAUUCUCAAUUCCACCCGACCUAAACCAACUAUCACAACCCUCAGCCCAAACCAAAUCCCCAAUUCUAACGCCAUCCCACCCGAGCACUCAAAUUCAACCCAACCCUCAGGCUCCAACGCAACCAAACCCAACCAUCACCCCAAAACUAUUCAACCCAAAUCAACCCUCAAUCCUAAGCCUCAACCCAACUCUCAACCCAACUCUCAACCCAACCAAGCCUAACCCUAUCCUCAACCCUCAGACAGAGAGCGGGGCCUAA